UGCAGGACGUACGGUGCGUUCACGGAUUUCUGAAAAACGAAUCACGAACGCCUGUUCAAAUCGAAACAACAACUCUGAAACUGGGGGAAAGGCUGGGUUAUAUUUAUCAACAUAGCGGGCGAAAAGUGUUUUGUUUAACGAAAAGAAGUACAUCUAGUACUGAUUAACCAGUGGGCUCCCGUCUGCUUUUAUUUCCUGAAAAAGCACACCUCCUUUGUUCUGAGUUACCUUGGAUGAGCUUGCAUAACUAUUCCUGCUGAGACUUUGGCUUGACAAGUUACUGCCUCCUCAAAAUACAUUAUCUACUCAAGACAAGGCAAGAUGAAUUUGGAGGAAUACUUCAAAAGAAUCGGUUUCCAUGGCUCAUUUGAAAAACCAGAUCUUGCAACUCUGAAGUUGAUCCACAAACAACACACCAUGUCGGUGCCAUUUGAAAACCUCAACAUUCACUGUGGUGAGAGGAUCGUCUUGGACCUGGAGGUUAUCUUUGAAAAGAUAGUGAGGAACGACCGUGGGGGUUGGUGCAUGGAGAACAACUUCCUGUUUGGCUGGGUGCUGAGAGAAAUGGGCUAUGAAACUUUCACCUGUGGCUCCAGAGUUUUCAGCAGUGUCCUCAAUGACUUUCAGACGAUUGAAUCUCAUCUCAUCCACAUUGUCACUAUCAUGGGAAAGAGGUAUUUAGCAGAUGUAAGCUUUGGGGUGUCUUCCCAAAUAUGGGAGCCCCUGGAGCUUGUUUCUGGGAAGGACCAACCUCAACCACCGGGUGUGUUUUGUCUUAAAGAAAAGGGGGACUUUUGGGUGCUAGAGAAGACUGCUAGAAAGCCAGAGGUUCUCAAUCCGGCCUUUGCUAAAUCAAAUCUGGUAAACAAGAAGGAUGUGCAUCUGAUCUAUGGCUUUGAACUGGUGCCUCGGGACAUAGAUACUUUCUUUGAGGCCAACAACAGUCUCCAGACAAACCCUGAUUCAUUGUUCACCAAUAAAUCCAUAUGCUCUUUGCAAACUCCAACAGGAUUCAGAGUCCUUGUUGGUUGGACGUACAGUGAGGUCACCUUCAAACCUGAGAAAGGUGUUGAUAUCUUUAACAUGAGAGACAUAACAGAUGACGAGAUUGAGCCAAUUCUUCAGCAAAAGUUCAACAUAAAACUGCUGAACAGACUGCAGCCUGCUAACAAAAAGGCAUCCUACACACUCUGAAAAUAAUCUCUGAUAAUGAGUAGAGACAUACAAAUAAACACCUCCCAACAUGUAUCAUGCCAUUUCAAUAAUAGAAUCCAUUUUGUUUGCAGAUUAAGAGUUGGGAGGUAAGCAAGAACGUUUUAAUCAGAGUCCAAGAUGAACAAAGAACAAGGAUUUCAAAAUGUAGUUUGACUUUCACUGGAUUCCAAGUUAGAGAAAAUAAGAUGGCUGUAAUACGAUUGGACUUGCUGGACCUAAUUAACAAUGUUGCAGCUGCAUUUUGAAUCAUUUGUAAACUGUUGAGGGAGGACUUCUUGAGGCAGGUGAAAAGGGAAUUGCAGUAGUCAAGCCAGGAAGGUAUAAAAGUAUGUAAUGAGAAUCUCUAUCACAGCUUGGCAGACAACAAAUUACAAAAAAAAAAAAA